UCUCUGUCCCCAGACUGCAGCUUCACCUGCCACUACCGGUGCCGAGCCCUGGUGCGGCUGGACUGCAGUGGCCCCCUGGGUGCUGGUGAUGAGGACGAUGGCAACAAGCAGGUGUUGGAGAAGGACACCAACGUGGAUGAGCCCAGCGAGUGGGAGAAGACAGAGCUGGACCAGGCGCAGGUGGAGCAGCGGAUCAAGGAGUACAACAGCCAGAUCAACAGCAACCUGUUCAUGAGCUUGAACAAGGACGGCUCCUACACCGGGUUCAUCAAGGUGCAGCUGAAGCUGGUUCGCCCUGUCUCGGUGCCGGCCACCAAGCGGGUCCCCUCCCUGCAGGCGGGGCGGUCACACCCCCAGGGGGUGAAGCGCCGAACGUCCUUCUACCUGCCCAAAGGGACCGUCAAGCACCUGCACAUCCUCUCGCACACCCGCGCCAGCGAGGUCAUCGACGCCCUCCUCCGCAAGUUCACCGUCAUCGACAACCCCCGCAAGUUCGCCCUCUUCGAGAGGUCUGAGAAGGAUGAACAAGUGUACCUACGGAAGCUGGGUGAUGACGAGCAGCCGCUGCGGCUGCGGCUGCUGGCCGGCCCUAGCGAGAAGGUGCUGAGCUUCAUCCUGAAGGAGAACGAGACCGGGGAGGUGAACUGGGACGCCUUCACGCUGCCGGAGCUGCAGAACUUCCUGCUGAUCCUGCAGCGGGAGGAGGAGGAGCACGUGCGGCGGCUGCGGCACCGCUACGCGCGCUGCCGCCAGAAGAUGCAGGAGGCGCUGGCCACGCGCACGCCUGGGUGACCGCGACACUGGAGCCGAGGCCAGCAGAGCAGCAGAGCCUCGCCCGCCGGCGGGUGGGGCACCAGGGAGGGGGUGGAACGGGGCACCACGGACCCACCGGGCUGUCACAGCCCCCAGGGGCUGUCGCAGAGAGUAAGGGUUCCUGGCGGGAGCGAGAGUGAGUGUCACCCGCGAGUGGGUGACCCCAGGGAGCGUGUGUCCUGGGGGAAACGAGUGUACCCUGGGGGAUUGGGUGUCCCCAGGGGAGUGGGUGUCCCCGAGAGAGCGUGUGUCACCUGGGGGAUUGGGUGUCCCCAGGGGAGUGGGUGUCCCCAAGAGAGCGUGUGUCACCUGGGGGGAGCAAGUGUCACCUGAGGGAUGCGGUGUCUCCGAGAGAGCGUGUGUCACCUGGGGAAUUGGGUGUCCCCAGGGGAGUGGGUGUCCCCAAGAAAAUGUGUGUCCUGGGGGGAGCAAGUGUCACCUGGGGGAUUGGCUGUCCCCAGGGGAGUGGGUGAUAUGGGGCGAGCGAGUGUCCCCGGAGAAGUGAGUGUCCCUGGGGAGAAGCAGGGCAUCAAACACCAAUAAAGACAUCUUGGUGACGA